CUCAAUUAUGAUGACAGCAUUUUGUAGCUGUUGAUGACAGAUGGCCAUAACUCUUCUGAUGUAUAGGACUGUAGAAUUCUAUAAUGUAAAUCACAGUGUAAGCUUGUGUCAUCAGCAGUUGCCAAGCAGAGUCUUGGUCCUCAGUGGAGCACUGCCUUGUUUGUUUAUGGCAGCUCUGACAGGAGCCUGAUCCCUCCCUCUCUGUGUCAGUGUCGGCCAUGCGCUCGUCCCAGUGCUCCCUUAGCUCAACCUCCAGUAUAAAGCCCAGCGGCACCUGUUCUCCCCAGACACACACAGUCAAACAGCCUCCAGGCACUCAGCCUUCACCUUGACCUUCGCCCCUGUGGGAACCGCAUCUCCCAGCAUGCAGUACCUGAACAACCGAUCCGAGAGCCACCUGAGCAGCCCGGCCGAGUGCGAGCUGGACACCCUGGGGAAGGGCAGCGUAGGGGGCUGGGUGAACCAGGCCUACAGUGGUUCGACCCCGUCGAUCCCGCGGGCGGUCAGCACCGUGUACACACCGCAGAGCCUCUUCCACAGCUCCAUGGACAGCAUGUGCACGCUGGGCAUCCCUGGCUCCAACCCGUACCCCUCGGCCGAGGCCAAGGUCCAGCAUCAGCCGGCCAAGAGCAAGAAGAACUCUGGCUGCUGCUCCUGUCUGUGGAGGGGAAUAAAAGGUAUUUGGGGGACUACAUUGACGGAGGACACAAAAGGGAAUCGUGAACUCUACGUAAAAACAACUUUGAGAGAAUUACUUGUCUACAUUGUUUUCCUCGUGGAUAUAUGCUUAUUGACGUAUGGAAUGACCAGCUCCAGCACUUACUACUACACCAAAGUCAUGACGGAUUUAUUUGUCAACACUGCGGGUGACAGUGGGGUGACGUUUCAGUCCAUUGGCAGCAUGGCAGAUUUCUGGACGUAUGCACAGGGGCCGCUGGUGAAUGGCCUUUACUGGACCAAAUGGUACAACGACCAGCCGCUCAACUACAGCUCCCAGUCUUUCAUCUACUACGAGAACAUGCUGCUGGGCGUCCCUCGCAUGAGGCAGCUGAAGGUGAAAAACAACUCCUGCAAGGUCCACAAGGACUUCCAGAAUGAAAUCGUCGACUGUUUUGAUGUCUACAGCGAUAAGAAGGAGGAUGAACAAGUGUUUGGCCUCAUCAAUGGGACAGCAUGGCAGUACCACACAGAGAAUUCGAUUAAAGGCUCCAAUCACUGGGGCGUGCUGACAACCUACAGUGGGGCAGGCUACUACCAGGACUUGGGCAAAACCAAACAAGAAAGCGAGGAGCUUUUGGAGGCAAUGAAGGCCAACCUGUGGCUAAACCGAGGAACUAGAGCCGUCUUCAUCGACUUCUCAACAUACAAUGCCAACAUUAACCUGUUCUGUGUCAUCAGACUCCUGGUCGAGUUUCCAGCCACUGGAGGGGCAAUACCAUCCUACCAGAUCAGGACAGUGAAGCUAAUUCGCUACAUAAAUACCUGGGACUACUUUAUCAUUGGCUGUGAGAUGAUAUUCUGUCUAUUCAUCCUCUACUACAUCGUGGAGGAGAUUCUGGAGCUCCGCAUCCACAAGCUUUCUUACUUCAGCAGCAUCUGGAACAUUCUGGAUGUUGUGGUCAUCCUGCUUGCUCUUGUUGCUAUUGUCUUCAAUGUUUUCCGAACUGUCAAGGUGGACAAAUUACUUGGGAAACUUUUGGAAGAGCCUGAUAUUUAUGCGGAUUUCGAAUUUUUGUCAUUUUGGCAAACACAAUACAACAAUAUGAAUGCUGUCAAUUUGUUCUUUGCCUGGAUCAAGAUUUUCAAGUAUAUCAGCUUUAACAAAACCAUGACCCAGCUGUCGUCUACUCUCGCCCGCUGUGCUGCGGACAUCCUGGGCUUCGCCAUCAUGUUCUUCAUCGUCUUCUUCGCCUAUGCCCAGCUCGGAUAUUUGCUUUUUGGAACAGAGGUCGAAUCCUUCAGCACAUUUAAUAAAUGCAUAUUUACUCAGUUCAGAAUAAUUCUUGGGGACUUUGACUAUGAUGCUAUUGAAAGAGCCAACCGUGUCCUUGGGCCAAUAUAUUUCUUCACCUAUGUAUUCUUUGUCUUCUUUGUGCUGCUUAACAUGUUCCUUGCUAUUAUCAAUGACACCUAUUCAGAAGUGAAGGAGGAGUUAGCAUCCCAGAAGGAUGAGCUCCAGAUUACUGACAUCAUUAAACAGAGCUACGAGAAGACAUUCAUGAAGCUGAAACUCAAGAAGGAGAGAAUCUCUGAUGUUCAAAAGGCCCUGCGGUCUGGAUCUGAGGAACUGGAGUUUAAAGAUUUCAGAGAGACCCUGAAGGAGAUGGGUCAUGCAGACAAUGAGAUUUCAGCAGCUUUUGCAAGGUUUGACAAAGAUGGAAACAAUAUUUUAGACAAAGAUGAACAAGAGAGGAUGAAGCGUGAACUGGAAGAGAAGAGGGAUGCACUGAGUGAAGAGCUUAACAACCUUGGGGAAAACUUGAGUACCAACAACAGCCCUCAUAAGAAUGCUGAACACCGCAGUUCAGCUGUUUCUCAAGAAGACUUUCAAAUGUUGGUCAGACAGGUUGUUCAACUGGAAUGUACUGUGAUGACCAUUAUGUCGAGGAUGGAUGCAGUCAUGGGGAACCGGGAACUUCAGAGCACCAACAAAGGAGCCGUGGGGAGAGGCCGGAGUGAUGAUGAGAGAUCAGAUGGGAAUGUGCUGGUGAACGUAGACAGUCCUCAAGUCCUCAAGGAGGGGUCACCACUCUGGUCUCUGACCAGCACUGGGGGCAAUGCUACUGCAGGUCGCCUCUACCCCAACAUGGAGUGGCUCAAAUCUCCUGAGAACACCAAUUCAACACGACACUGAGAUGGCAAAGUCAACAAUCCAUUUGGUACAGCAUCACCACUUAGAGGAAUAACAUUACCUGCUGCUCUACACUAAAGCAUUAUGUACAUAAGUAAUAUAAUGGCCACUAUAUUUGAGCUUUUGAUUGUACCAUACUUAGAUUUGCAUCUUUAGUGGCCUCAUCUAUGUCUAAGUCUAUGAAUGUGCACACAACUUGUCUUGCAAUGUACAAAUAGAAGCAUUAGACGUGUACCAACAAAUCUAUUAUAGUAAUCACAACCAAUGUUAAAACACUACUUAGGUUACACCAUCUUUUAAGAGGUUCAUGGAUGAGGGGGAAAAAAGACCUCUGCUCAGUGUUUUCACAGCGAAAAGGUCAAACUGUGCAAAGUACAAUACUUUCUUUUGAACUAAUUCUAAAUAAAUAUUAAUGUAUUUCACUUUCUAAAUCACUAUAGAUAAGGAUAUGUUGUAGCCUACUACUGUUCACAUGAAAAUGUCCUGGCAAGACAAAAGACUGGUAGGCAUGCAUGCUCCCAGUCUUGACUUACAUCACUCAUGUGACUGUGUACACGAUGGUGCAUAAUGGUACUUUGUGUAAUGUAGCAAUAGAUCAUAUGUUGGCAAACAUCUCAUGGGAAAUAUGAUAGUGCAUGUGCAUUAUGGACUGGGAGCAUAGUAAAGUGUACUUCCAUGGCUAUAUUAUGUGCAGAGCAUUUAAUAUAUGAAAUGCAAAUAAAGUACCUUCAUUGCAAUAGUGUUAAUCUCUCAU